AGUCGGAGGGCCGAAUUCGAUAGUCCCUCCCGUCAAACCUCCCGGCCCUCACCCGUAGGUUCCGGGCUGAAGCGUGUGUCAUCGGAACUGGCGAGUGAUAGCAGCCACUUUCUGCUAGCACAGAAACAUGCUAGACUCCGGAGCCUGGACGGAGCGAUGGGGCCUCUUUUCCUCAUCACGGUCUUUUCUGCGGAGUACUUUGUAUCAAUAUUCCAGACCUCGUCAGCGGGCAGGGUGGGCAAGUUGGCGAACGGCCCGCAAGAUGGGCUUAAUGGGGUCGUUAAUUCCACUAACGCAGGUCCGUGGUCCGCGGAGAGGCCUAUUGGUUCUACAAUCCCUGUUGAUGGGCUUCGAGAAGGUUUCAAGAACCCGCUGCUUGGAGCUAGAGAGACGCCAAGUCUUGCCCGAUGUUCCAUCUAUGGCGACCUGCUCCAUCUUUCCCACGUUCCAUAAUUAUUUUGCAUUUGCAUAUCAACUGUCACUGCUAAUUUGGCCUCGUAGGUCCAUUUAUUGCCAUAUGCAACCUUCCCCCACUUUAUGGUUCCAUCUAUGGAACGUCCGGGACCUUCGAAGGUCGGAAUGAAGCCCGUUCGAACGACUAACGAGCAUCUGGCCAGGUGAUUCUCGGCACGAGUUCGGCCGGCCCCAGGGAACCCUGUUUCCCAGUUGACAUGAUCGG